UCCAGCACUCAAAGCUUCGUACGUUCAAUUGCAACCUAUAACUAAUAUACUGCACUGGACUGUUUCUAAAAUCAGACGGUGAAGGGUACAGACGCGCCUCGUCAGACCAGCAACAAGUAGCAGUCUCUCUCUUCCUCUCUCUGUCAGCACGCUAGUAUAAAGGAAGCAGCCCCAGCGUUCUCGGGCUCAUUCGAUAUUCAGACGGCGAAGCGUGUAGACGCAUCUGAUCAGACCAGCAGCAAGCAGCAGUCUCUCUCUCUCUUCCUCUCUCUGGCGGCACGCUAGUAUAAAGGAAGCAGUCCCCGCGUUCGCUGGCUCAUUCGAUAUUCAGACGGCGAAGCGUGUAGACGUGUCCAGGAAGACCAGCAGCAGUCUCUCUCACCUUCUCUCACUAGCUGCUCGCAAGAAUAAAGGGAGCAGCCCAAUCGUCCACGGACUCAGUCCAACAACUGACAACAAAACGUGUAGGCGUACCCAGUCAAACCAGCAGCAAGCAGCAGUCAUGGAACAGCGCAAUUUUGUUGUAGCACCGGUCAGAAAUCACGACAAUGGCGCAGUUGGUACUACGAACGAAAAACCCAAAAGGAAACGAAACAAAGAGGUAACAAAAAAGAUGCUCAUGGAGGAACUAUCAGCUGUUAAAGAAGAGUUAACUAAAAUUCGAAACGAGAAAGACGCUCUUCUACUCAAUAUAUCCAAAACGACAGUACAUAAUAAGGAUCAAGCUACUUGUUCAAGUGCCCCACAUGAGGAUUUAACCGGAACAGUCAACGAAACACUACUAGCAAGUGUGAACAACAUGUCACUCAGCACAAUGAGCAUUCCAGAAUGUGUGCCAUCAGAAGGAGAAGUGGACAUCGAUAAGAAAGGCUACGAAUAUUGGAAGAAUAUUCUGGUUGCUUCGCUGAAUCUUAUUCAAGCCACUGAUGAAAGAACCAAAAUUGAUGUUUUUAGAAUCAAAGCGGGACCUAAGCUGUUGGAGCUUUUGCAUGGAACCAGUUCUUCGGCGGAAAUGCCUGACGAAAGCAGUCAUCCGUUUGGCAAUGCACUUGCUCGGCUUGAUUGUUACUUCGGAUCGAGAGCCUAUAUGCUUUCACAACGAAGCAAACUUCUCAACACGAUACAACAGUCUGGAGAAACAAACAUACAAUUUGUUCGGCGUGUGGCGGCGUCUGCAAAGCUGUGCGGUUACGAUAAAGAGGAUGAUGAGAUGGAAGCAGUAGCACGUACACUAAUCAAAAGUUCAACCGAUAAACGCGUGCGUACCUUGGCACAUCGUAAUUGGGUCAAACAAGGUUCAUUAAAUGACCUUAUAGAUAUGGUGCGUGAUUAUGAAACAGAAUUGUCCAACGAAAUAGAAUUUAAAAAAUUGCGCCAACCGCAAGAGGCGGUUUCGAUUGCAGCAAUCACUAGCAAUAUACAAGGACACGGGCAAUUUAAUCGAAAUAUUAUGGGUAGAGUCAACAAUGGAAAUCGUGGUAAACGAACAUUUAAUCGUGGUAGGUUUGAAACGCCAAGAAAUUCUUGCUGGCGCUGUGCAAGCAUUUACCAUGGACCAGCUCAAUGUCCAUGCAUCGACAAAGUUUGCCACAACUGCAAUAGAAGAGGACACCUCUCUCGAUGCUGCGUCGACCGGAAUCGUCAAACCACAGGGAAACGUCAAAACGAAUCAGAUGAUGGGUCUCCUCCUCGUAAAAUCGCAGCUAUAAAAGAAAAAGAAGAAAACGAUACUAUUCCAGUAGAUGUAAGUGAAAUCGAUUAAUUUUAU